UGCUUUUUCAACAACUACUACGUACAGGUGCACAAAAUAAGAAAGUUCAGUUUAUCACACUGACAAUCUUUCCCUACGGUGUGCCAAAUCUAUAUUAAUGCUCAGUAGAACAAGAACCAUUGCAAACAUAUUGAUCAUCACGACCAUUAGCUACAACGACUCCCAAUAUUCCACCAACUACAAACUUGUAUAAUUCUUGAAUCAAGAAGGCAUCAACAAAAUGUCGUCGACCACCGGCGUUCCCUCCAAACGUGAUAACAAAUCAUGUGCCGAGGACUCAACAGCUGCGCCGCUUGCUAAAAAGCAGAAGAAGAGCACAACCUCUGGAUCUGGAUCCGCAGAAACUAAAAAAGAAGACGAAACCUUCUCGGAAACGGGGUCUACCUCUUCAACCAGUCAUGAAGAAAAAUUUGGCGAUGUGGACGAAGAAGACGUGCUUGCAGGAGCCUCUCCAAAAGAUGCUGGAGACGUCCACCCCGUUGACGCAACUGCUUAUCGUACCGAAAAAGCGAUCCGCAUUUUGUCAAGACUCGAGGAUUGUCCUGACCCUAUCACGUCCUUUGAAGCAUUAGGCAAAUGGGGUAGAAGCUCUACUGCGAGCUCAAGCUCAUCUUCAAAUACAGGUAGUACUAGCAACUACAUCAUCCCUUCUUCUAUGCUCAAAGUUUUCGAGACUGCUGGUUACAAGACCCCCUCUCCGAUCCAAGCUCAAGCUUGGCCUGUCGCUCUCCAAGGCCGUGACAUGAUUGGGAAUGCGGAAACUGGAAGCGGCAAGACCAUGGCCUUCUUGAUCCCAGCAGUGGCACACAUCCUGAGUCAAGCCCCGUUGAAGACUGCGACGAGCUUUUCGAGAGAUUGGUGGAACGCCGAAUCUGGUCCAAUCUGCCUCGUCCUCGCGCCAACGCGAGAACUAGCACAGCAAAUUGAAGAGGGUGCAGCGAAAUUUGGAGCAGUUGGCGGUGCCGGAGGUGCUGGCGGCGCUGGUGCCAAGAAGGUCCUAGGAGCUAGUAGAUUAGGACUAAAUAACGACGGUAGUGGUUCUACUAGUAACGCUUCAUCGGAACAAGUUGUUAUCGAAGAGCCCUUCAUUUCUUCUCCUCGCCCCGUCCGUUCCACCGUCUUAGUCGGUGGCACGAGCAAGGGUCCCCAGAUUCGCGACUUAAACCGGGGAUCCGAGAUCAUCAUUGCCACGCCAGGCAGACUUUUGGACCUUUUAGACAUGGCAGAGCAGCCGCACGCCAACUUCGUCUUUAACUUGAACCGAGUCAGUUUCCUAGUGUUGGAUGAAGCGGAUCGCAUGCUAGAUAUGGGCUUCGAGAAGGACUUGCGUCGCAUUGUCGCCGCACUGAAGAACCGAAAGAUGCCAGUGGUGCAAGACUCUGACGAUCACAAGGCGAAAUUGGAACGGGUGCUGCAAAACAACCAAAGCAAUGGAGGAGCUUCACCAUCAUCAACAUCUUCUUAUCAGACCUUGAUGUUCUCCGCCACAUGGCCCAAGGAAGUGCAGAAACUGGCGCGUGACCUCUGUCGUUCGGACCAACAGCCGGUUCACAUCCACGUUGGCGAGGGAACCAUUGGGGAACUGAAGGCGAAUCCACGAAUCACCCAAAACAUUGCUCUGGUGGAUGCACAAGGCAACAAAUGGAAUGAAGAGUCCAAGAUUGCAAGGAUGAAGGAAAUUUUGCAGGAAGAAAAGACGAAAUGCCAAGAGAAAGAGCCAGGAUCAGUGUUGAAAACAGUGGUGUUUACGAUGACGAAGAGGGGAUGCGACACACUGGCUUGGAGAUUGAAAUCCAUGGGCGCUUUAGCUAUUCAUGGCGAUAAAACCCAGGCCGAUCGAGAUUGGUGCCUAGCGGAAUUCAAGAAAGAAAACGGCGGGUAUUUUUAUCAUCUUUCUCACUCUCUAACAGUUGGAUUAGGAUUAUCAAUUCUUGAAAUGUACUAGUACUUGAUAGCUGUUGGCCCCUUGUUGCGUACUUGAUGAUCAUGAGCUACAACUAAAGUACUAGAUGAAACGUGGCACCUCCAAUCUUUUCUAGCUUCAGCUCAUCAAACGCUGCACUGUUUCUCAAAUUUCAUUGUUGCGACUUACACUAAAACUAAUGGCUGUUCCUCUUUUUGUAGUACUUGUCAUCAGCCUAAAAAAAAAUGAAAAAAGGUAUGACAUCCUUGUUGCGACGGACGUGGCUGCUCGCGGCUUAGACGUGAAAAAUGUGAAGUGUGUUAUCAAUGCCGAUUUCCCUUUGAACAUCGAGGACUACGUCCAUCGUAUUGGUCGCACCGGUCGUGCUGGCACCUAUGGUGCGAGUUACAGCUUCUUCGUCGCCGAACACCUGAUGAACGCGCCAAAGUCUGCUUAUGACCUAUGCGGUAUUUUGCGGAAAGCCGAACAGCCGGUACCGGUUGAACUUAUGGACCUCGCUGACAAGUGCCGUGGAGGAGGUAAGGGUAAGGGCAAGGGAAAAGGCAAGAAGGGAAAGGGAAAAGGCGGCAAGGGAGGAAAGGGUAAAGGAGGCGGAAAAGGGAAAUGGUAAGGAAAAUGGUAAUCACGACUUAGUAUUUUAAGCUCUUCAAGAACUAAUGCUAAAGUUUCUUCUUGUUCUUGCUAGAAGAACUAGUGUUGCUGGAAAUGAAAACGAAUGCUUAUGUUCUAUUCUAACUGUGGCAGACAUGCUUAUGCUUAAGAAUCGGUCAUCCUCGUAUUAGAGACCAGAUCAAGAAAUGUCCUUGAACUGUAAUGAUACUAACCUCGGAGGUAUCACACCUUGUUCUAAAAACGAAAACUUGCACAUAAUAAUUGUUUGACCUUGACCUAAAGAAUGAUUACAAUCACUUACUGCUGUAUUGUACAGUCUUUGUCAAAGAGUUCUGAUCAUGACCAAUCCAGCACCAUUUGAUUUAGACCUUUUUUUAGCAUUUUUAUACUGAACAACGAUGUAAUUGGCACGAAUUCACUUUCUUGCCAUUAUAGUACAACCAAAGCACCUGCAAACCAAUCAUGAUGAUGCUCGUCUGGCCGAGAAGGUCCGUAGAAUUGAUUCGACGUAUAGCCCAUCCAAAUUAUUUAAAUGAUGUCGUUUAUUAGACGAUAUCAUCUUCC